UGCAAGACGGCUGCAACAGAAGAGCCAAUGACGGGUGCCAGACGUCUUUCCAGAGACGUAGAGAAGUCCCGUGCAACGGCCCACAUGCUGUUCGUGUGACACUGACGCUGCAUCGCAGACCAGACAAAGAAAGGUUCAAUGGCAUGGCGUUGAUUCAGAGGGAGUCUGGGAGCUGGGAGAGACAUGGACGAAGGUCAAACCGCCAAUGUGCUACGACACCGACAGGUGAGUGGCAGACAGGCGCAUCCAGGUGGAGGGAAGGGAUACAGUGCUGUCAGUGCAUCAGGUGCGCUCGGACAGCUUACUCUUGCUACUAGAUGCUCCUGCAGUUUACUUUGCUCCCUUGGCUUAAGUACCUAUCUUGCUGAAGCUAUUCCCGUCGUCAGAAUCCAUACCAACGGCAGGUUCCCACAACGGAGCCGCAAGCGAU